AUGGAUGUUUCAACAGUUUUAGCUUCCAUCAGGCAAUCAAUUGAUGAUGAAGAGUUAAUCAGUAUUACUUAUGAAUUGGAAGAUUUCAGUGAAAGGAAAUUAUACCAUCAACUUACUUUAAGUUUGGAAAAUUUCUAUAAGAUUGCAAAUGAAGAUUUAAAGGUUCAAAUCUUUAAUCAAUUCAUUUCAACAUUAACUAAGAAAUUAAACAGUUAUAAAGUUACUGAUUUCCUUUUGAAAUCAUUUGAAAACAAUCAACAAGAAUGUCUCAAUAAACUCAUCAAACUUCAAAGUGAAAUUGAAUCCAGUGAAGAUGAAAAUGCAAAGAUCUAUAUCAAUUUACAAAUUUCAAGAUUCUACAUAUUAUUGAAUGAUUUUGAAGAAGCUAAUAAGAUUUUAGAUUCUUUAGAUAAUAAAUUCACCAUGAUUAAUAAUGAAUUCAAUUCCAAGAUUAAUAAUGCUUAUUAUUCAACCAAAUGUCAAUACUUCAAAUCAAAAGAUAAUUAUAAUUCUUUCUAUACAAAUGGAUUAUUAUACUUAUCCACAUUAAAUGAAUUGAAUGAGACUCAAGAUGUGGAAGUUAAUAAAGCUAAAGAAUUAGAAUUUGCUUUUGAUUUAUCUAUUUCUGCAUUAUUGGGAGAUAAAAUCUAUAACUUUGGAGAAUUAAUUUUAAAUAAUAUCUUGGAAAAUUUAAAUAAUUCACCUUAUCAAUGGUUAUAUGAUCUUAUUAUCAAUUUGAAUAAUGGGGACAUAAAGAAUUUUGGAGAAAACUUGACCAUUUCAUUCGAUAAAUUCCCAAAAUUGAAACAAUUUCAAUCAUUCUUAAAUCAAAAAAUCAUCAUAAUGAGUUUAGUUGAAUUAAUAUCGGUGAAAUCUAUUUUAAAUAAGAAAUUAUCAUUCCAAGAAAUAAGUGAAUUUACCAGUACAGAUUUGAAUGAUGUUGAACAUUUGAUUAUUAAAUGUUUCUCAUUAAACUUAUUCAGUGGAUCAAUUGAUCAAAUUAAUAAGACUUUAACUAUUAGUUAUCUACAACCCAGAAUUCUUAACUUAAAUCAAAUCAAAACCUUGCAUAGUCAUUUGAAACAAUGGGAUGAAAAAGUUUUAAAUUUAUCUAAUGAUGUUCAUAAAAAUGGAGGUUCUUUAUGGAUUGAUACUUAA